CUUCAUACAAUAGCAAACAGGUCAAAACGAAACGAAGCCUACAGACGUUUCUUGCUCCCACGCCGGCAAUGGCCACCGCCCCAGCCCACGCAGCCGCCGCCGUCGCCGCCGGUGAAGCGGUGAUGUACCACGGUCGAGUUGAGACCCGUUCGACCCCACCUCGUCUUGGCUUCCGUCCCGGUGCCCGGUGGGCCGCGAUCUCGCUGCCUCCAGGGCCUCGCCACGCGGCUCCGGCGGCAGCCGCGGCCAAGGAGAGGGUCGUGGGGGAGGGGGAGGGGCCGGCGUGGGUGGAGCUGGAGCCCAUCGCCGGCGAGCAGCAGCUUGACCGGGCCCUCGCGGAGGCGCAGCAGCUCGACCUCCCCAUCGUCCUGCUCUGGAUGGCGAGUUGGUGCAGAAAAUGUAUAUAUUUGAAGCCUAAGCUUGAGAAGUUGGCUGCAGAAUACUAUCCAAGAGUCCGGUUCUACUGUGUUGAUGUCAAUGCUGUUCCACAAAAGCUUGUGAACCGUGCUGGAGUAACAAAGAUGCCUUCUAUACAGCUGUGGAGUGACUCCCAGAAACAGGCCGAGGUGAUCGGCGGGCACAAAUCUUGGCUGGUAAUUGAUGACGUCCGGAGAAUGAUCGAGCGGGAGGAAUGAUCCAGCAUGUCUUUUCGUGCAACAAUUGUAUGGAAAUGAAGAUAAUUCAGUAUUACCACUUGCUCGUAGAUUUAGCCAUAUUAGGAUCCCAUGGUCAGAGGCGACACGAAACAUCGAUUCGUCAUGCAUAAAUACUCAGGGCAGCACUCUCUGGUGUUGGAAUCAAAGGAAUGGUGGAAUUCAGGUACCAGUAGUGGCCUGAUAUUCCUGUGAUGUCCUUGAUGUAUCCAUGUGUGGGUAUUAACUGGAACUUGCUGUAUCAACAAUAAUUCAAUACGGAAAGACUUAUUGCCUAUGUACUGGUUGGCCUUGAUAUUAGCCAUUGGAUGAUAGUACUAUUGAGUCAAGGACUUCUCAGAACA